AUGAAGUUACAACUAGCUCUUCUCCUUCUGGGAGUGACUGCGGCCUUGGGUCAGAUUGUGCCCAGGAGCAGCUGGUGUCCAGUGCCCGUCUCGCCGCGUCUCCCCCGCCUCGUGGGUCCGGCUCGCUAUAUCAUCAUCCAUCACACGGUCACAGCUCCCUGCUACAAUCCCCACCAGUGCCAGGCGGCCCUCCGCCAGAUCCGUGAUGGGCAUCUUCGUCGCAAAUUCAGGGACAUCGGCUACAACUUCCUGAUCGGAGGGGAUGGCAGGAUCUACGAGGGACUAGGCUUUGGCGUCCGUGGAGAACAUGCUCCCAACUACAAUAGCCAGUCCAUAGGCAUUGCCUUCAUAGGCAAUUUCCAGGUUGGCUUACCACCUGGCCAGAUGCUGCAGGCCGCCCGUAAUCUCAUCCAGAUUGCUGUGCGACGUCGCCAGGUUGUGCCCAACUAUACGCUCCUGGGACACUGCCAAACAAAGGCCACUGCCUGUCCAGGACGACAUCUGUUGGAUGAGCUGCGCAAAUGGCCAAGAUGGCAACCAAAGCCCUAA